AUGGGAAAGACACAGCUAGCGAUUCGCCUCGCACGAGAUCAUAAAAAUGAUUUCACCGCUAUUACGGAGGAAGGCAAGCAAGCUCCACCCCGCGGGUGCGAGCCAGUUCGGCCUGAAACUCCUCCGCCACUUAUAUAUCCAGAUGGCAUAAAAAUCUUACAUGACUGCCCGGAUGCUGCAGUUGAUAUUUGCUUUGUCCACGGUUUGACGGGUGAUCGGGAAAACACUUGGACCGCAGAUGGCCAAUCGAUUCCCUGGCCGCAAGCACUUCUCCCGUCAAAACUCGACCGAGCUCGCAUUCUGACCUACGGCUAUGACGCUUAUAUAGUUCGGAAAUCAGUUGAAUCUUCAGACCGAUUGAUUGAUCACGCCACCAACCUUUUGGUCGAUCUUGCGUUAGAUCGAGAUCUGAGCAAGGCGACUUCUCGCCCUCUCAUUUUUGUCUCGCAUAGUCUAGGUGGUUUGGUCUGCAAACGGGCUAUCCUCCUAUCGCGCAACAAUCCAGAACCUCAUCUUCAGAACAUAUUUGAUGCACUCAAAGGCGUGGUUUUCGUGGGGACACCACAUAAAGGCGCGUGGAUGGCGGACUGGGCUAAAAUCCCUGCAUCUGCACUUGGCUUCGUGAAGUCUUCGGAUGUCUUCCUUCUCGACGUCUUGCAGAGAAACAAUCAACUACUUGAGUCGGUUCAAGUCGACUUUCUGGCCAUGAUUCGGCAACUGCGCGAAGAGGGUCGGGGCCUCGAGGUGACCUGCUUCUUUGAAGAGCUCCCUAUACUUGGAGCUGGAAUGAUCGUUUCAAAAGAGUCUGCUACGUUUGAAGGCUAUGCGGCUCGGAGCAUCUAUGCUAAUCACCGGGAUAUGGUCAAGUUUUCGACGGCGGAGGAUAACGGUUUCAAGAGAAUACUUGACGACAAAAGUCGAAUCAAGAAUAGGGAGGCCGGAAUAUUGAAAGAUUUGGAUCGCUGGGUCCUCGAGAACGGUGACUAUAAACGAGGAUACUACGAUAAGGGACCACGCAUCCAAACCCUACGGGGCCAUAGCGAAUCGCUCGAGUCGCUUGCCUGGUCCACGGAAGGAGACCGACUAGCAUCGGGAUCGGUGAAUAACACGGUCAGGAUCUGGGACCCAGCCACUGGACAAUGUAUAUCAACCCUUGACAGUCAGGGUACAUACAACCUCGAGGAGAACAUUAACCUGGCUAUAUCGAUCGCCUGGUCACCGGACGGAAGUCGAUUGGCGUCUGGUUCACAUAAUAGCAACAUCAAAAUCUGGGAACCAUCCACUGGUCGGUGCUUAUGGACUCUCAAGGGGCAUACCAGCUUUGUAUUGUCUAUUGCUUGGUCAUCGGAUGCGAAGAAACUCGCAUCUGGGUCAGAUGAUAACACAAUCAAGAUCUGGGAGCUUUCGACGACCGCGCAACGCACCUUGACUCUUAGGGGGGCACAAACAUUGGGUUAG